AUCUAUCUAACCACCUUCCUACCGACACCCCACGGGCGAAAAAAAAAAAACCAGCCACAGAACUUUCUUCAAGUUGCAUCAGGUUUUGAUCACUUCUCUCUUAUAAUGCCUGCUGCGGCAGACAAAUCGGCGAAGCCGACUGUCGAGGUUAUAAAGCAGGGAAUGUACAACAUAGUCAUCGGGGACUCCCUUAAGCGAGAGAAUGGUCACGGAGAUGGAGCUCUCUUCGCGAGUGUCAAAUAUAAUUUUAAGCCGCCGUCUUCACUAGUUAACAGCGUCCCACCUCGUCUCACUAAGAGUGAGGCUGGCGGUGAGGCACCCUACACUUUAACGCUCACACCCCCGAGCCAACCCUCUCCUAAUCAUAUCGUCUACGAGGGUGCUCAGCAUAUCCCUAAGAAGACUGAAUGCAUCCUCCUGUUCGAUCCUGCGAAGCAAACAUUCACUUUGGAAAAGUUGUCUUCGGCUUUCACCUUUAACGCAAAGGUUUUUGCAAACGCUCACCCCCCACUUCCUCUACGGCCGCCUGUCAUAGACGGGGAUGAUGAUGAGAUUUCCCUGGAAGAGAAGGAGGACGACAACCCGUUUGAUUACAGACAUUUCCUUAACAAGAAGGCUACAACCAAGAGCCGAGCGGAGCAACGAGCAGAGAAGGAGCAGAGGAGAAAGAAAGCUUUGAUCGCUGUUGGGGCUUUGUCGGAGAAUCCCGACGACUCGGAGGGAGAGAAGGGUGGCAAAGAUGAGGAAGAGAGUGGGUUAGGGCUAGGUAUUACAUACGAUGGGCGCCCGCCUAUCAGCAGCAGGACUGGGAAAUCCUAUAUCUCAAACAGGAAAGUCGGCGGGAAGAGCCCCGCUAUUAGCGGGAGGAAGAGCCUACCGACGGGACGCCGCGGCGUGGCGGCCCCAAGCCCUAGCUCUGAAGAGAGCGAGGCGGACAACGAGGAUAACGACGAGGAUGAUGAUGAGCACUAUCGCGCCCCACCUCGUCAUGAAUCUCCACCUCACAAGCCACCCAAGAAUACCCGACCUAUCGACGACGACGAUAUGAAGAUGGUAUUUGAAUUUCCAGACAUGGAACCCGAGGAAGAGUCGGACACCGACGAGAAUUCGGACGACGAGCCGAACUCUCCUAGAGCUCCUCAGCAGACCGUUCCUGUGGUCGCCCCUGGGCAAGAUGAAGAAGGCGAGGAAGAGGAAGACGACGAUGCCUCCAACCUUGCUGAGGAACUCGAACAAGCCCUGGAGAGUGAAGAGGACCCCGGCCCCGCUGUCCAAGGAGGUGAUUCAGAGAUUAUCUUCGAAGACGACGACGCGACCAGCAGACCAAGACUAGGACUCGUCCAUAAAUCUGCGGUCCCCACGAGUCUCUCGGGAAUGGUUGGUGGGGGGGUGCUUGAUGAAAGCGAGUCCAGUGAGGAGGAAUGA